UGUGCACUUGUGCAAUAGAACAACCUUCCCACUUCCUUCUUUUCCUUCAACCAAGCUCUCCUCCCGGUGCACGUUGCUGAUCCCUCACCAAGCACCAAACACAUCAAUCAUCAGCAUGCCCGACGACUACGCCCCGCCUCCCGGCCCGCCGCCGUCGUACUCAAGUAGCGGCAGCGGCAGCGGCAGCAGCAAGCCGGUUGGCGAUGACUAUGCUCCUCCUCCGGGUCCUCCACCAUCUGCUUUCAAGAAGCUCGCCUCAAACAACCCCUUCAAUCCUUUCUCACACCGGAACAAGGCCGAGGAUGACUAUGCCCCGCCGCCGGGGCCUCCGCCGUCCGCCGGCAAGCAGCCCGAUCCACAGCACGACUGGCAGAUGGCCGUCCCGGACACGUCGCUCCUCCCGCCUCCGCCUGCUUUCUUCACCAGUUUUGAGUAUUCCCAGGUCAACAAUGCCUCCGGAGAGGAGUGUGCCCAGGGCGAACAAUGGUGCGCUCGCUACCCGCUGUAUCGGCCAGCGCCCCUCGACGGUGCUGCACAAGCCGCCCUCUCCAUGGGCAACAUCAACCUCUUUGCGCCUCCAGGUUUCCGGGGUUCCGUGACCAACGCCGGCGUCGGAAUAUGGCACGUCGAAACCCGUAGCAACGCGACAGACACCUGCCUCGCCACAUACCCACCACUGUACAGCCCGUCCCUCGGCCCAAGCGCUACUGGCGCCCGCAGGAGGAUAUACUACGAGGUCAACAUCGAUCCCAGGAACAAGCGUGAGGUCGAUCUAGCCAUAGGUUUCACGGCUCCGCCUUACCCGGUCUUCCGGCUUCCCGGCUGGCACCGUGGCAGUCUUGCCGUGCACGGCGAUGACGGCAGCCGGUUCAUCAACGACAAUCGCGGCGGUCAGGCAUUUGUGCAACCAUUCAAGCCCGGUGACACUGUUGGUUUGGGCAUGGAAUUCAGCCCUGGCGCCGGUGGCCAGGGCAUACAGGUCAUCAUCUUCUUCACGCGCAAUGGCCGGUUCGAGGACAAGUGGAACCUGUAUGAGGAGAGAGACACCGAGCAAGACGCACCGUUAGUCGGUCUGCAAGGCUAUCACGAUAUAUGCGCUGCUAUCGGCGUUUUCGAGGGGGUCAAGUUCGAUGCGGUCUUUGCGCCAGGCUUGUGGAAGUGGAAGGGUUUCCACACCGAAGUAUUGUAGUGGAUUGAAAGCGAAGUGACCGGUUCAGUGUGAGGACAUAAAUUGCUGGGUUGGAUGGUCUUCGAGCAGUAACAGAUAGAGGACAGGAUCGAUGCUGAGUAGUAUCUAUACACCAACCCUCAUAGAUCGCAUCGUGUGAUAGUCUGAACUACAAUUAGGCAAUGUCGUUCCGGCUCCCUAACUGGUCUCGUAACGUCAAUUUCGUCUCAUA